AUGAUGUUUGAUAGGUUGAAAAAAAUUGUAGAUCUGGUGACGCAGUUACAAGAGCUCGCUCCCAGCUAUGACUAUGAUGAAAACACGCCAGGAAACGGUUUCAGAUCCUUGGUAUGUAUCUGCGACACCACCGUACUACACAUUAUCUCUCUUCAAAAGACCGUCAGCGAACAGCGUGGUUCGUUCGUAUUUCGUCUCACCCAUUACUGCAAGGAGCUCGAAGCUUUUUCUAAGGUCAUAAGUUUCUUGAUGGAUUCAAUCCCUUUGUUCUCACCUUCUGUAAAUAGAAUAUUUCGUCUAAUUGGCAUAGUCCUUGCCUCAUAUAGCCUAUCCUGGGAGAAGGGGCAUGGACCUAUUGGUUCUAUAAUCAACACAGGCAGGUUCCUUCUCAGUCCAGAACAACGGGCUUCGCGUAUAAUUAAGGUUACUAAGGAAGCGGAUAUAGACUUCUGCAAGGGAUUUUGGAAUCUGGCAGAGCUGAGUAAUAAUGUGCCAAAGUGGUUCAGCCCGAACAUGGCAAUCAACGAGCUUCGAGAAAUCAACUGGGUAGGACCUAUUUCGCUAGAAACCACUAAGGGAGGAAAAGUUCGGAUACCAGAACCUUCUGCUCAUACCGGACCACGGCCUGUACAAAUACGCAUCCUCUCGCCAGUGCACAGGCCUCACAUGUCUCCCACAUAUACUUCUAAUCAACAACCAGCUUCCCCAUAUAUAGUCUUUCACUGUCACGGGGGUGGAUACGUGGCAACGUCUAGCAAAUCACACGAAACGUACUUGCGGAUGUGGGCAAAACUGCUUUGUUGUACAGUGGUGUCCGUUGAAUAUUCUUUGGCGCCAGCGAAUCCAUUCCCGCGACCAACUGAAGAGGUGCUAUUCGCAUACGCAUGGAUUGUGAACAAUCCACAGUUAGUUGGUUGGACUGGAGAAAAAAUGUGUAUGGUUGGCGAUUCAGCUGGAGGUAAUCUAAUCAUGUCUGUUAAUCUACGGCUAAUAGAGUUGGAUGUAAAAAAGAAACCAGACGGCAUUGUUAACUCUGAUCCAGUCCACAUUCAUCUUUCCUCUACGAUUUUUGAUAACCAGUUGCUGAAUUACCUCAUUAAGCAUCCGACAACUAAAGACUCUCUCACUGUUGUGGACGAGAACGGCGAAGUGAUCGAAGAAGGUGACGAUGCACUUCUUGCAAAUCCUUCCGUCCAAGAUGAGAAGGAGAAAAAACGACCGGGCAUUUUAAAUAUGAUAAGUGGAAAUGCUGCGAGCACUGCUCCGAAUACGCCUUGUGAAGGCAACAAGGGCAUUCCGAGUAGUUCAUCUUCAAACAACUUCCAGCAUCAGUCAAUUCAGGUAUUGCUGGCGAGGGUUAAGGGGGGGGGGAGGAGAAUGAACUAUCUUGAAUCGUUUCAACUGAUGUUAACAUUUCAGGUUCACAAGCGAUCGCUGUCGCAAAGCUUGGCCGAUACAGCCAUAGAGGAGCCCUGCGAACGGAAGUCGCAUAUAAUAGAACUGUUGAAUAGAAGCGCUGUUCCCCGCGAUCCGCUCAUUUCGCCAAUGUAUGCUUCUGAUGAUAUCAUCCGCCAGCUGCCUCCUGUUUAUUUCGUUGUGAGUUUUCAGGACUAUCUCAGAAAUCUGAAUGCCUUUGCAUGUAUUGAAUUGUGA